UCCACGGACCUAUUUGUAGACGGCGGACGCACCUUUCAGACGCGGUUGGCAACCAUGGGCCCGAAACGCAACCACAGCGCGCUUGCAGCGGAUGACAACGAAGAUCCGUCCUCCCGCUCGUCUAGCAAGCGACGCCGCGAGCAGCAGGGCUCGAAGCCGAGACAGGGAGAGGGCAAACCCGACCCGACUUACGGCCAGCGAGUCGCCUUCCCCGGUCUCGACGAUGAUGAGCCGGCGCAGGUAACCGACGAUGACCUGGAAUUCGAGGAAAACGGCGACGCGCUCGCCUAUCUCAGAGCCGUCCGGCAAGAAGCAAGCAGCGUCCCGCAUGUCCUGGUAGCGCCCAGAGCGGGCCCCCAGCUCCCUCCACACCUCCAAAGCUCGGAGGACAUCGACCGCAGCAUCUACGACAACGGAGUGGGCGACUCGCGCGGCUACUACCAUGAUGGCGCAUACACCGCGAUGCCCUCGGACUCCGCGUCUGUCUCCUCUUCAGAAGAAGAAGAAGCAGCAGAAGAAGGGGAAGAAGUCGAUCCUGCGGACCCAGACCGCAUCGCCGCGCGGAGCGCCGCGCUUCGCAAAGCCUAUUUCGCCUCCCUGACAUCGCAGUUCCUCGCCCUGCGGCGCCUCCUCCACCGCGACCCGCCGCCGCGCCUCGUCGCGUCCUUGUCCCGGGACCACGGCACCGAAGUGGGCUCCUUCGGCGCCAAGUCCUCGACCUUCCGCAUCUGGACGUGGCGCAUUCGCUACACGGACCCGCUGCCCGUGCAGGUCGCCGCGCUGGACCGGCAGAGUGUGCUGAAGCUCUUGCGCGUGAUCUUGGGCGGCAAGUUCAUCCGCCGCGGCUAUGAGCUGCGCGAGCGGACGAGCCGGUGGAUCUGGGCGUUGCUGGCGCGCUUGCCCGACCGCGGCGAGAUGGAUUAUGCCGAGGUGGGGUGGGUGAGGGAACUGGGAAAGAGGGCGGUGCUUAUGAUGGUCAGUAUCGCGCAGAUGGAGGCGCUGAGGGAGGAGGUGGAUGGGGAUUUGGGAGGUGCGGUCGAAGGGGAAGGAGACGACGAGGAUGAGGAGGGCGGAUAUGUGGGUGAGGUAGUUGUUGAUGAAGGGGACGAGGGAAAGUGCGUUGCUGCGCCACAGGAGCAUGACAACGGCAAGGACGAAACGGCGGGAGAUGUGACGGAGUCCAAAAUCGUGAACCCGAACGUCAAUGCCGUGCAGGACGACGAGAACGGGGAGUUGGACAUGGACAUCGACGAUGGGGAAGUAUCUGAUGACGAGGGAGCCACAAAUGCUGGGAACAAAGACGUCGGAGCCGACGACUUGGCAGCAGCGAAGUCACGGCUUCUAGCCCGGCUCCAGGAUGCCCAGGACAUCAAGCCAGAGGAGCCUGCCGAUGCCGCCGAGGCGGACGCUGACGAGCACCAGCGCAGCGGGGACGGUGAGGAGCCAGCGACUAUGUUUGACGAGAUCAGAUCGCGCGUCAACAUGCGGGCAACCCUGAACAUGAUUCUGACUGUGGCCGGUGAGUUUUAUGGGCAGAGGGACCUGCUGGAGUUUCGGGACCCUUUUCCUGCGCUGUAAGUCUGACGGCCAUGUUUGCAUGUUGAAACAUUCAUGAUGGCUACCUAGGCUGGGUCUAUGUGUUUCCAAAGGUAAAU